AUGGCCAAACCUAAUGAUACCAUAGCCAUCAUUAUCGUCAUAUUGGUGAUAAUCCUUGCGGCUAUUGGGGCUUGCAUCUGUGGACUGGUCGCCGUCGAGGCGCUGACGGUCUCCAUGGCCCUCGGGGUUUCCUGGGCCUUUACCAUUUCCGGCGCCAUGUCGAUCUCCCGCGCCGCCAAGAAAUCCACCUUCGAACACUCCAUCAUAACACGACAAAUCAUCCAGCUUAUUAUCCGCGACCUGAUCUCGCUCAUGUCAAAGAUUUAUAAAACGUCCCGCCACACAGUCUUUGUCAACGAGAGCUCCGAUUUGCUUGGGUCCAACCCGGUCAUAUAA